UGUUUGGUACAUAAUAAUGAUGGAAUCUUUUACAUCGCCUAACCAUGCCAACAACCGGACCAUCUCCAUUUAAUUGUCUGACAUUUUCAUGUAUUUAAUGCAAUCAACAAAUUUUGGGUGCUGAGCAAUGGAAAAUGAAAUCCGAAGGAAGCCGAGAAUCCUCUGCCUCCACAGCUUCAGAACUAGCGGCAGAAUCUUCCAGAUGAUGAUAUCACGGUGGCCGGAAAAUGUCACCGGCGAGUUGGAUUUAGUGUUCGCGGACGCACCUUUCCCCGCUGAGGGCAAGUCUGAUGUUGAAGGGAUCUAUGAUCCUCCGUACUUCGAGUGGUUCAAAUCCGACAAGGAAUUCAAGGAAUUCUACGAUUUCGAAAAGUGCUUGAAUUACCUUGAAGAUUUCAUGUUGACGCAUGGACCAUUCGAUGGUGUGCUAGGUUUCUCCCAGGGUGCGACUUUGGCAGCAGCAUUGCCUGGAAUGCAGAAGGAAGGAGUGGCACUUAGCAAAGUUCCUACGAUAAAGUUCUUGAUAAUAAUAUCUGGUGGGAAAUUUGGAGGUGCCAAGUUCGGGCUGCCCAAACUUGCUGCCAGGGCAUUUUCUUCUCCGGUCAACUGCCCGUCCCUUCACAUAAUAGGUGAGCUUGACUUCUUGAGGGAUGAGAGUAAAGCUUUAAUGAGGUCUUUUGUGGAUCCAGUUGUAAUUAAGCAUGCCAAAGGACACUGUGUGCCAAGACUGACUGGAGAAGACGCUGACAAGAUGCUCCAAUUCAUCACAAAAUACCAUUGCAUGAAGAGUCGAAUUUGAGAACUGCCCACAUUUAUUUUCGAGUAAAUUGCUGUGGACUCUUGUAAAUUGAUCAUAA